GUGGGCGUGGUGAAGGCGUGGGCGCCCUGCCUGCGUCAUGAGGUGGGCAGAGACACCGGCCGCCCUUGAGCCCCGUCAUGAGCACCCGCGCCCGACACGCCCCUGAUCCGGGGCCAACGCUCAUCCGCAUCAGCCCGGCGCGCAUCCACACGCAGGUGACCCAGAGUGUGAGGUACCGUCCGCUGAGGUCACUGCUGUUGCUUGUUCUCCUGGUCAUAGUGUCACUUUUCGUCCUGCUCACGUUGUCGCAGAUGGCCGUCGUCCAGCACACCAUGAUGGCCCAGCUGGACACCCGCCGCUCGGGAGUGGCCGGCCUGGGCGUGGGGAACCUGGUCGGGGGGCGGGCGGGGGCGCGGACCCCCCAGAGGACGUGGAAGAGUCAGUUCAACCAGUUCAAAAUCGAGCCGCUUCUCAUACGCAAUGCGCCGUCCGUGGAGGUGAACAGCGCCCUGGCAGACAACCGACGGCGAGCGAGCAAGCUGGCCGCCAUCAUCGUCAGGAACUCCAUCCUCGUCACUUACUCCGCUCGCCACUCCAACCUCUCCUCGACCCACCACGAGCCCCACUCAGCCCACCCUCAACCCCAGCCCGCCCACCUCCACCCACACCAGCCCGCCCACCUCCACCCACGCCAGUCCACGGCCUCCACUUCAACGACGGUCGCCCAGUCGUCCCCCGCCCUCCCCAACCCGCACGCCCGCAAGACGAACGGCAUCGUCCAAACCCCGCCCACGACCUGGCCCGCCCACACCACUCACCACGCCCACAGUCUCUCGAACUCGUCGACCGCUACGAGAAACCCUCCGAGUGUCUCACGUGAUAAAGCGAGUGUCCGCAGCGAUGUUGUGGAACCUCCGCCAGGUGCCGGUGCCAACGGGACGAGAGCGAGUGCCAGUGAGGCCAGCGGAAGAGUGAGUGCCAGUGCCCCAACAGGCAGUGCCAGCCGCCCACAGACAAAGACGAGUGCCAGCGCGGAAACCCAGAGAAGACAUUUUCUGAGAAAGCUCGGGUGCGCCCCCGAGGACACUGGCUGUGAGAGUGACACAAGGCAGCCGCCGCGGACGGCCCGCAGAGGGCUUGCCCCGUCUCUCGCUGGCGAAGGCUCCGCAGGGACGACCACCCAAGGCGUCCCCGGCGGCAACGCCACGCCCCCAGCAGGGCGGCAAGAUGAGUACGGAGACCGUAGGGAGACCGAGGCCCUCCCGACGGAGUUCGGCGAGGCGGAGAAGGACUUCGAGCCCCUCUACCUGCGGGAGGACGAGGAGAGGGACGACCUCACCGACGCCGACGCCACGACGCCCGCGCCCACGCGUAAGCCGCGGCCCAUGCCAAGGCUGACGGAGGAGCAGCUGAGGGCGCUGCCCCCGUGCCCCGACAUUCCUCCUGACCUGAAAGGUCAUCUUAGCAUCGACCUGGAGGAGAUGGAGCAGCUCGAUCUUGAAGAGGUUCUGUCGAAGCUGGACUGGGUUCUGCCGGGAGGCCGCUGGAGUCCGGUGCACGAGGCCAAGAACCCUUGUCUUCCGCGACACAAGGUGGUGGUGGUUCUGCCGUACCGCGAUCGCCUGCACCAUCUGGUUAUUUUACUCAGCUGGCUGCACCCGAUCCUGCGUCGUCAGCAGCUGGAGUACACCAUCUACGUGGCUGAGCAGGCCGGCAACGUGACCUUCAACAAGGGCGCCAUCAUGAACGCCGGUUUCAUGGAGGCGUGGCAGCGCGGCGACGCCAACUGCUUCGUCUUCCACGACGUCGACCUCCUGCCCGAGGACGACCGGAACAUGUACUCGUGUCCGCCGCAGCCACGCCACCUCUCCGUCGGCGUCGACACCCUGGGAUACAAGUUGCCUUAUUUCCUGCUGGUGGGCGGCGUCCUCAGCGUCCGGGGCGACCACUUCCUCCGACUCAACGGCUACUCCAACAUGUACUGGGGCUGGGGGGGCGAGGACGACGACAUGGGGUACAGGAUCAAACAGUCGGGCCUGAGCAUCACGCGGCCGCCCACCACGCUGGCUCGAUACACAAUGAUCCGCCAUUUAAAACGACGGCCUCUCACGUGGAAGGUCCGCGGGAAGCUCGUGAGAACGUCGGGAAGACGCUACAGACUGGACGGACUCAACACCCUCAAGUACAGCCUCCUGGCCAUCCACCGCCACCCACUCUUCACGCACCUCCUCCUCGACGUUGGCACUCCACCGGAGAACCUCGUGCGCCUCGAUGCUCACUGAGGAGCUCCUUCUCGAGGCCGUUCCCUCGAGAAGCUCAUGCGCCUCGAAGACCACGGAAGGACUCCCUCCUUCAGGUUGUUCUUCGAGGCAAGGAUCUGGUGAUACGUGCUUAAAAAAAGAGACGUGGAAAUGGACAUCAUGAGCCCGCCAGUCUUCUCACUUAGGCAAUGAAAGUAAUUAUGAUAAUAGCAAUGAUAAAGAAUAUGACGUUACAAGUUAGAUAAACAGAUCGUUAGAUUCAUGUCUUCCGUUAUGAAGAUCGAGAACAACAGCAGCAAAAAUAAAACAAAACAUAAAAAAAUACUAAAAGACCUAACAGGAGCAUGUAAAAUGUCCAGGUUCAGAAAAACACAGCUGGCAACUCACCUUCAAUUCUGAGUUACUCCAAUUCGCCAAAUCUCUCUUAUUCUGAUGAGCUAAUAUUUGUAUUUAUAGAAGAUUAUAAUUAUUAUCAUCAUCAUUAUCAUUAUCAUUAUUAUCAUUCUACAGUAUUUAUAUUAUUUCACAAUUUAUUAUUCCUCACUUCAAAAGAAACUUAGCGAAUCGGAGUAAUGCGGAGCCCGGGUUGAGUUGCCGGUUUCUCCUUUUCGCGAGAUUGGCCGAGACGAGGGCAGGAGGGGGCGGCUCGAGCUCGUCCCCCGUCUCUUCCGCUCCGCCGUUUCUUCGUCUCCUUGUGAUGACUGGGUGUGAUAACUUGUCUCUCUUCCUCUUGCAUAAUUCCUCUUUCUUUCCAAUUAAAAUAAAAAUGGAGAAAAAAAAAACGACGACGAAAAAUAAUAAUGUGAUACAUUAGGAUGGUAGUUUAGUCAUACGGGAAUACAAAGCAAAAAAAAAAAAAAAAAAAGGAAAAGAAAUUUUAAAAGAUAGGUAAAUGAUUAAACUUGAAAUCACAUCUAGCAUAUACAAUUCGUUAAUUUUCACAUAUUUAUGGAUCUCUUGGAUAGAAAAAUAAUAAAAAAAUAAAAUACCUCAUCAGACUACCAAUAAACAUUUUACUCGUGCCCCCCCCCCCCCCUCCGACACACACUUAAAAAACUGAUAAUAAUUAACAAUAAUAAUAACGAUAACAGACCAAUGAACCGAAACCAACUGAAUGAUAAAAAAACAUUCUUAAAUUACUGUAAAAAAGGAAAAAAAAAAAAAAAACGACAUCCUGAAGCUUAAAGUUUGGUCGUUUACCUGUCGAUUUCAGUGCAUAAACCGAAAGACAAGUGAAGGUAAGUACAAAAGAAGAGGCAAGAUGAGAUAACAUGGAUUCCAUACCAUCAAAAAAGAUGACCGACGACGUAAGCUAAGGCGGUGAGCAUAUUUUUUAUUGUUACUUAGAUUUAGCUUUUUAAUAUCAACAAUACGAUUGCCAAAAUAACUUAAGGAUACCUAGUUUUAUCGUAUAUAAGAUUCAUCAGUGGAAUUUAGAAUUCUACGAAGAGGAUCGGAAGAAAAUGAAAGUUUGUACGUAUCAUAUAAGACAAAAAACAAAUGUUCUCUCACACAGGGACAUAAAUCUAAAAUUCCGACUGACAUGAGGUGAAUUUCCUAAUGUAAAAAGCAAGAGGAAUCUGGGUCUUUGAAUUAGACAUAGAACCGUGACUUCUAAGACCUAAACCUCUAUCAUGUAACGUUUGAUAUGGACUUUUUUCCUCAUUUUUACUGACCUGUUGUUUUGGCAGAUUUUGCUCAGCAACGGUUGCCAAGCAGUGCAUUUCCUGGGGCGAUUUGGAUGGUAUUUUCUGAUAUUUCCUUUGUGACAUGACUGUUGUUUGUAAUGUUUAAAAAUAAAGAGUGAAAGCAAA